UCUUUUUAGCCCUCCCAUCUCGGCGUCAGAAACCAAAGGAGCCUAUUAGAAGACCAAGCUUAAGACCAGUAGUUGGCGCUCUGCUUUGAGCUUUGGCUGAAACUGAAAGAAUGGCGGAAGGUGGAGUGCGAAGCAGAGUAGAAUAGAAGAAGAAGAAGAAGAAGAAGAAGAGGAAGAAGAAAAGGAAGAAGUGGAGACGGAGGCGGAAGGGAAGAGCUAUGUCAUUCUUGACCUCCUGCAUUGACGGGGUGGAGGAUUUCCUGAUCAUAUGCGGCCUGGUCCUGACGCAGCUCGUCUAUGGAUCGUUUUCGGUGUUCAUGGGCAAGCUGCUGGCCAUGGGCCUCGACCCCCUCUUCAUUGUCAUCACCGGUAGCCUCGUCACCGCCAUUCUGCUCUCCCCAUUUGCUUUCUUCAUGGAGAGGGGCAAGAGGCCGUCCAAGCUCAGCCUGCGGCUACUAAUCCAAUUUUUCUUCAUUGCAGUUGGUGGUGUCACAGUAUUUCAAGUCCUCUUGUUGGUGGGCAUCAAGAAAACUUCCCCUGCUAUUGCUUCUGCCAUGCCCAAUUUGGCUCCUGGCCUCAUCUUUGUAAUUGCAGGGUUUCUUGGACUGGAGAAAGUGGAUCUGAAGUGCAGGUAUAGUUGGGCCAAGAUCAUGGGGACGCUGAUCUGCCUGGGCGGUGCAGUUGGGAUGAGCUUCUUGCAGCAUGGCGCGCCCGCAACAGGCUUGGCCGGCGACGACGGCCUGGUUGGCUGCAUGUACCUCCUCACCGCCGUCUUUGUGCUCUCUUGCGUCAUGAUCCUACAAGCUGCGACUUUGAUACACUACCCAGCUCAUCUGUCUCUGGUUGCCAUCACAUCACUUAUGGGCUCAAUCUUCACAGCAGUAUUCCAACUGGUGAAAGAGCACAAACUGGAUGUUGGUGACUCCAAUCUCACACCCAUUUACCUCCUUGGGCUCGCUAUGGCGGGGGGUCUUGUGAAUGGGGUCUGCUUCAGUAUCCAGACAUGGUCGGUCAAGAAAAGAGGCCCAGUCAUGGUCUCCCUGUUUAGCCCAGUCGGAACGGUGUGCUCGGCUGUGCUGUCGGCUCUCAUACUCGGAGAUUCUUUGCGUUUGGGAAGCAUCUGUGGGAUGGCUCUUAUAUUUGUGGGCCUUUACUUUGUGUUAUGGGCCAAGAAGAAAGAAGGGUAUUCGCUUCCUGAAGAUGAUGAAACCUUUCUACUUGAGAGCCAGCAACAGGUUAAGCCAUUGCUAAGUUGAACUGCUCAUGACGCCUGUGCUGCGCCUGUUAAAAAGAAGAGAGGGAUAAUGCUUGUGGAUGGUAGCUUCAGUUUAUUUGUCAUGAGUAUAUCAUAGUUCCUGUAUAUAUAUAUAUAUAUAGAGAGAGAUGGAUUAUGUCAUCCGGUGGAGGGGCUGAUCUUCAUGUAAAGCCUUGAAGAUGACUACAAGCGUAUGAUUAUUAUCUCAUGUACAUAAUAAAUUAUUGCUUGGAUCUUAAGAUUACAAAGCCACGAGCUGGCUGGUUAUUAAUUUA